AAGGGAAAGACGGAUUUUUACCCAAAACAUACUAUUUGUCUCCGCUUCUCGGCUAUUUUCCGAUUCUGUUUCCCGAUGUCUUUGUAUAUUGGUCAUCUAUCUGCUCGCACUCGUAGGGAUGAACUUGAGCAUGUUUUCAAGAGGUUUGGAAGAUGCAAUAUGAAGCUGAAAGAUGGCUAUGGAUUUGUUGUGUAUGACUACCCUCCAAAUGCAAAAAAAGCUUUGAGAGCACUUCAAGGAAGAAAUAUAUGUGGUAAGCCAUUAACUCUCACAUGGUCAAAUAAACAGCCUAGACCUUUCAAAAAAAAUUCCAGGGCUGAUCGGACCUAUGAUCGUGAGCCACAUAGAAUGAGGAGUCCCACUAGAGGUGGAUAUUAUGGUAGUAGAAAUUUUGAUUUAAAUGUUCAGCCGAGUAUUGAACAACCAGAGAGUCAUGGGAUGAUGCUUAGUUCUGCUGACUUGCUUAAUGCGGAUAUAGACUACCAUCAAGACCAUGUUAAACAAUUUAUAUGGGAAGAAAAUCAUGACCAUAGGGAAGAUUUGCUGAAUAAAAUUGGCCAGGAUGAACCUAACCAGAUGGAUGAUAGGUGGGAUGGGCAACGCCAUGAUCAUUCUAAUGGCAAUGACAUUGAGCAUGAAAUGGAAUUUGACCGCUAUGUAGGUUAUGACAAGGAAGCUGAGGCUGAAAAAAACCGAAUUGUGUAUUCCAGUGGUUCUCCUGCUGAACAAAGCCCGCAAGAGAAAAUAGUGACAGAGCUGAUAGGUGAAGAAACUGUGAACCAUCCUAAGGAUUCAAAAGUGCAGCAAGCUUGUUACAGCUGCGGUGCCUUCGGUCACAAAAAGCAUAACUGCCCCCAUGAAAUUACUUCAGGAAGAUAUUUCUCCAGGUUUGACCUCAGACGUGACAAUAACAUUGGUAGAGGAGGUGGAGGAAAAGGUUCCCUAGCAAGUUUCGGAUCCAGGUCUCGGGCAAAGUUGCUGCACGACAAGGAUCUCCGAAGAACAAAGCGAUUUGAGGAUACCAGAAAAGCAUCUGGUUCAAGAAAGAGUGGGAGAUUGAUAGAUAAUGGAAGCUCCUUUAUUGGAAAGGAAACAGUCAGGGUUUGGGAGAAGGACCAUGAAGGAAAGAAGCGAUGUAGGAGGAGAGGUAGAACUCCUCUAAGACAUAAUGCAAAGAAAGCAAGGCCAAUUUCUUCUCCACUUUUUCCUGAUUACAGUUCAUCCAGGUCACGCUCAAAAUCUAAAUCCAUAAGGCAUAUGCGAAGGUCAAUUUCACAGUCUAGAUCAAGAUCCAUAUCAUCCAGAGCACGCUCAUCAUCUAAAAAUCUAAGGUUGAGUUCAAUAUCACAUUAUUCUAGGUCCAGAUGCUCUAUAUCUAGCUCAAGGUUGAGCUCUCCAACAUCCUACUCUUCGCCUGUAUCAUUUGGCAGGCCUCUAGCAUCAACGUCGGACAAAGGGCAAUUUAAUUUGAAAGGCUCUUUGGAUGCGGCUAACAUACCUAAAUCCAAGGAGAUUACGGUUGGAGGUGACGUUCAAUUGGAGAAUGCAAAUUUUGAAAAUAGAGUGGCUCCAGUGAGUAUUGAAAAUGCCGUUUCACCUGCCAAAGUAGAAAGUGGAGUGGAAAAGGACCAAGCUAUGCAGGGAGGAAAUAAUGAUAAUCAUAUGACACCCAGGUCAGCACCUCGAGUUAAAAAUCCAAGCACACCACUUUCUGGGAAAAAUUCACUUGCUGAUGAGAGUUUAUCUCCAGAGAACUUAAGAGAGAUAAAGGGCACUCAAGAUGUUGGUUCACUGACAACAAAGGAUGUGGUAGUACAACCUGUAGAGACUGUUUCGGAGCUUACCUCUGUGGGUUCUACAAGCAUAUCGCCAGAGGAACUGUGUAUUGUCAUGAAGCAUUUUGGUCUAGAACCUCCAGAAGAAAAUGAAAGGCAUCUAUCUGCAAAAGCUUACUUUGGUGCUGCUCGCUUGUGGCCUUGGGAGAUAAUCUAUUAUAGGAGGUUGAAGAAAGGUCCUAUUUCAACCGAGAACUAUGCCAGACGAGUUGAACAAAAUAAAGAUUUUGGUAUUGUUGACAAGUAUAUCAGAAGCUGUAGUGGAUGGGGAGAACUAAAUCACCUCUGAGAAACUUUGUAAAUUUUGUGACUGCGUAUUUUAUGCCUUCAGAGUUCGGAGAUCUAACAGGUAAACUUCCACAAAAUAUGCGAACUGUUUACUGCUAGAAUCAAAAUGAUAUCCUGCAUUUUCUUUUCUAUAAUAUAGUUU